AUGUCUAAUACUGCUACUAGUAGUGACUCUACAAGUCGGAUACGACUUAGAAAGUCUAAAACUGGUGGUACAACGACGAAAUUACCACAUCAGGUGCUUAGGAGAAAUGAGCGAGAAAGGAAACGUGUCCAACAAGUAAAUCUUGGAUUCAUACAUCUUCGCGAUCGGGUACCUCAUUCGGCAACUAGCAAGAAAUUGAGUAAAGUGGAAACGCUUCGUGAAGCAGCCCGGUAUAUUAAGCAUUUGCAAGAUCUGCUUCAAGGUACCUCCGAUAAACCAUUCGAACCUUUGAAUACCAACCAAGAACCGCAGAACUCCCAUAAUAUUCCUUGUUUCUCAGAAGAAAAUCACUAUCCUUCGGCAGAUCAAGCAAGCGGAAUUUGUCAAUUUGCUUGCAGUAAUGAUUCCUUUUAUUAUCAACCUUCUCAAGCUAAUAAUUCCUCUCUUUAUUAUAAAACACCAACCUCAUUUAACCCUAAUAAUGCAGUAGUAAAAUCUGAAAAUGAAUCUCUAAAUACAUCUUCUUAUUCUUCGUCUUCCUUAAGUUUCUCUGAGAUCACACGCUUUCAACGAACCGAUUAUGUAUUGUGA